AUGCUACUCCGUCUUCCCACCGAGCUCAUCGAGCUCAUAUUCCGAAAAUGCGACCCCUGCACGUUCUUCAAUCUCGCGUAUUGCUCGCGAUAUCUCUACACCAUGUCUAUCCUCAGUCGAGAGAUGGUGAAACACCAGUUUCGCGAAUUACCAGGCUGGCCGCAUGAGGAACUGGAACAGCAGGUCCGCGACAAUUUCCCGUAUGUGGUCAGUCAUCUCAAUUGGACCUGGCAUCAGCAUCUCUACGGGGCACGCUAUUUCACAGAUCGGAAGCUCUUCGAGUUCGAAGGCAGGAAACUCAACCCUCGAGCUUGUUGCCUGGAGCCCCGGAUGCCCGCGACGGCGUUGCUAGCCUUUCAUGGGGACGAGACGCUUUACCUGGUGGACACACACGAGGGGGACAUUCGUGUGACUCGUCGGUUGGAGUCCCCUGCGCAAAAAUAUGGAACGAUCGAAGUCCUCCAUACGUCACUCAACUCGUCUGGUGUGUGGGCACUGCACCGGUUCAAGCCAUUCACGGACCAAAAUCUGGACAUGAGCCAUCCAUUCGUGAAGCAGGCUGCCGAGGCGUAUCCCGAGGGAUGUGUGUAUCUGGCGUUCUAUUCGCUGAACGGAAACACCGAUGCUGUGCGGUUGUAUGGGUUUCCGGACGAGAGCGAGUACGACCCUACUGCUCUGGCGACGUAUUGGGAUGAGAAAUUCGCCAUCUCGUGGCAGCAUCGACAGCGAGCUGGGGAUCAUCAUGUUCUUUUGUAUCUCACCGACGUCUUUGAUGAGGAUGAAAGUGGGGAUGAGGAUACGACAGAUGACAGUACUGACGAGGAUGAGGAGAGCGAGGACGAGGAUAUGGAGGACGAUGAGGAUGAGGAGAGCGAGGAUACAGAGGGUGACGAUGACCAACUUAGCGGCGGCAGCAGCAGCGGCAGCAGCAGCAGUGAUGGGCAGCCUGGUAAAUAUCGACUGGAGGAUUACAUGGAGGAGACUUUGACCGAGGUCUCUGAGACCAGACCAACUCUCAUCCGGUCCAUAUAUCACGCCUACAGUCUCACCAAUCUAGACUCCAGCCGACACAGUCACCAGUCGUUGAUCGACCGAGGGCCAAGCACCAAGCUGGCCUUCAAUGAUCGCGGUCUCCAACUCCUCCAUUUCUCUCGCGGACGUCCACUAUUCAGCUAUUUCCAGAAAUUGAACACCAUCAUGAGCCACUCGGAGCCCAACGUUCACGACAACUCCUGCGUGGUCAAAUACUCGCCCGAACUCGCCCUGUCAUUUGCCAUUGGAAUUCCCUUUUGGGGACUUCAUUCGACCAAUGACGACAGCAACAUCCCCGGCACUUGUCACUGGCAAUAUCUCGCCGUGGGAAUCGCCACGCACCGUGUCGAGCACUGGACAGUGGCCUGUCUUCUGACCUCCGAAUCAAACCCACGACAAUGGCACUGCACGCACGAGAUGAACCUCGAACGAGGCCGACGCUUCGACGACUGGCGCGUCGUCGCCCAACUGGGCGGGUUCCACGAAUCCGACACCACCCAGGGCUCGUUGAUCGUGCCCUCCCCCCGCUGUUCCCGCCUCGCGAUGGCAAGUUGGAAGACAAUCACCGUCUGGCCCAUGAGUCCUCACGCCCUGGUCAAUCCCAACAGCAUACACUAUCACCCGUGGACAAAUGCCGCGGGGAUGACGGAGUUGCGGUCCGAAUCGAUCGAGUUGGAUGCCGUGAUCUUUCAGAUGAAGUUCAGCGAUGAGAAUGAGAUUGUCGCGUUGACGGACCGUGGACUCAUGAUUUUGAACAUUUGGCCGUCGGGCAAGGGGACGUUGACUAUUGAGCGACGACAGAUACCUUGA